AUGGUGCCGAACGCCGGGGUCGAACGCUUCCGACUGACAGGCGAGGAGCUGGUCGUCCAUCAGUGUGCCCGUCACCAAUGUGCUCUUCGUCUUCAGCGUCACCUGCUCGCCGUUGUUCUGCACCGUGAAGUCAUACUUGCUGGCCCCGUCGGUGGCCAUGGUGUUCAUAAAGCCGUUGUUGGAUUUCAGCAUCGACAUCGACAUGUACACCGGAACCCCGAAGAAUUCGAGCAACGAGACUUUCCCCGCCGCGGUAAGGUUCUUGAAUAUGGGCAGGAAGGCCUUGAAUGGGUCGUCGCCGUCGUCGUCCUCCGGCCGGUCAUCGAUCUGGGAUCUAGGAUCUGGGCUGGGCAUCGAACCAUCUGA